GAAGGCGCCGGCUCCAAUACAAUCUGAGAUUAUCUAAACGGAAUAUAAGAAUGGGACACUGACCGUGCUUUAUAGACACUGAGAUUAUUUUGGCGGGCUGGCUAUGGCAGGGUUUUUUCACUGGUCCAAAAGGAAUUGUGAUUUACAUGACUUCAAGUUCCUUAUUAGCAAAUCAAAGAAGAAGAUUUAGAGCGGGCUCUUUUAAAUUUGAAUUCUAGCCUUCCCGCCAGGGUAUAAUUACGUCACAGAACGACUGGUUAUUGAUCAGCAAAUCAAAUGGGAGUAUUUAAAGCGGGCUCUCACAUUCGAUGUUAUAGCCUUCCAAUCAAAAACGAGAGACUGUGUAUAAAUAAGAGGCACGAAACCAUUCGCUUCAUAACAUUUUUUGUUGCGUUGUAUAGCUAUGGCUCGUACAAAACAGACCGCCCGCAAGUCCACCGGAGGGAAGGCUCCUCGCAAACAGUUGGCCACUAAGGCAGCCAGGAAGAGCGCUCCGGCCACUGGGGGUGUCAAGAAGCCGCAUCGUUACCGCCCAGGUACUGUCGCUCUCCGAGAAAUCCGACGUUACCAGAAAUCGACUGAGCUGCUGAUUCGCAAAUUACCUUUCCAGCGCCUGGUUCGUGAGAUCGCUCAGGAUUUCAAGACCGACCUGCGUUUCCAGAGCUCGGCAGUCAUGGCUCUGCAGGAGGCCAGCGAGGCUUAUCUGGUCGGCUUGUUUGAGGACACCAACCUGUGCGCCAUCCACGCCAAGAGGGUCACCAUCAUGCCCAAGGACAUCCAGCUGGCCCGCAGGAUCCGAGGCGAGAGGGCUUAGAUACAGUUUCGACUUUUCUUACUAAACACAAAGGCUCUUUUCAGAGCCACCAAAUCCCAAAUUAAAUGAGUUCAACGCUCCAAUAUCUGUUCAUUCGGGGAAGCCCGUGAGAUCCUUGUGUAGAACCAAUUUCGAACAGCGGCAACAGCUGUGGUACCGGCAUCAUUAAUGCUUUUGUUUGUUUCUGCAAUCUCCCCCUUAUAUAAUGUGUAGCAAUUUCAAACUUGCCACGAUAUCUCGCUCAGUUAUCCACAAACAUAAGGGCUAAUACGAACAUCUGCGUUAUAUCUAACCAACUUCUAGACCUGCAACUUUUAUUGUGGCAUCCUCGUUUUUCAAGUAUUUACAUUUUAAUAGUCGUCGACCCCAGUGCUAAACCCAUCAGUCCCGCUGUAUAAUCGGUAGAAUGUGACAUUUCUGUACGGACAUCCUUCCCAUGAAUGUAACAUAUCAUAUUAGCAACCGAACCAAGGAGCAGAGGCCGGUCUGAGCGAUGUUGUGGUAGAUUGAUCUAAGUAUUAUCAGCGCCACCUAGUGUCACAUGCACAUUAAAAAAAGUGUUUGGGCACUUGGGCAAUCGUACUGAUUAUUACACCUAAAAAAUAUAGAUUAAUUAGAUAAACGAAUACAUCUCGCAGAUUUGUUUACAGAAUUAAGCUCGUCAGAGACGAUGAGUCACUUACAAAGAUUGAAAUUCAGAUAUCACCAAGAGCUUCAAAUGGGCCAAUAGGAGGUCAACAAUAUUUUUAAGGUAGCCAAUAGGACAGAAAUUUGUAAUCGUGUACCACUGGGCAAAUUUAAAACUUAAAAUCAUUAUCUUGUAAAUUGUAAAUAUUGCUUCUUUAAAUUUCUUCCGGCAUUCUAUGAAUGAAAUUGAAUCGUGUAUUGCCCCAAAGUAACACUGGAAAUUCGCAGUUGGUUGAGGUUCAUAAGAAUCUGUUAAUAAGCGAUAUAGUUAGAGAAUAAAAACUAGAUACAAUUGACACAUCGUUGAUUCCCCAAACCUUUCAAUGAUACAACAUGACAAUGUGUUUAUCAUUGGAUGAGAUUCAUUAUUUCGGUUAAAGCCUAAAUAGCAAAUGACACACAUUGCGGAAGAUUUCUACAUAUUCUAAAU